GGACUCCCUUGGCUGUGACGUGCGUUGCCAUGGUGACGUCCGGACAGCGUCUCGCGGAGGGAGGGGGAGGGAAUGAAGGGAUGAAAACAAACAUGGCGGAGAGGAGCAAGACGGCAGAAACGGGUAGUGACAUAGGAAUAGAUGAAAUUAUCACAGGAAACUUAAACAAAUGCACCGCUGUUCCACCAGGGUAUUUUGGACAACCAAAAAAGGGACAUCUCAUAUUUGAUGCCUGCUUUGAGAGUGGUAACCUUGGACGUGUGGACUAUAUUACUGAAUUUGAGUAUGACCUGUUUAUCAGACCAGAUACAUGUAAUCCCCGUUUUCGAGUCUGGUUCAAUUUCACAGUUGAAAAUGUGAAAGAAUCUCAGAGAGUCAUUUUCAACAUUGUAAACUUCAGUAAAACAAAAAGCCUCUAUCGGGAUGGAAUGGCUCCAAUGGUGAAAUCCACAAGCAGGCCAAAAUGGCAAAGGCUGCCACCCAAAAAUGUGUAUUAUUAUCGCUGCCCUGAUCACAGGAAGAACUACGUUAUGUCAUUUGCUUUCUGCUUUGAUCGAGAAGAUGACAUAUACCAGUUCGCUUACUGCUACCCCUACACUUACACACGGCUUCAGCAUUAUCUUGAUAAUUUACAGAAGAGGAGCAUGGACUACUACUGCAGAGAACUUCUGGGACUUAGUGUGCAACAGCGGCAACUUGACCUCUUGACUAUAACCAACCCUGUAAACCUUCGUCCUGGAACAGAGCAGAAAGUUGUGUUUAUUACAGCCCGUGUGCACCCUGGUGAAACACCAUCAUCUUUUGUGUGCCAAGGUAUCAUUGAUUUUCUUGUGAGUCCACAUCCAAUUGCCAAAGUGUUGCGUGAUCAUUUGGUCUUCAAGAUUGCGCCGAUGCUUAAUCCAGAUGGAGUUUAUCUUGGCAAUUAUAGGUGCUCCCUAAUGGGCUUUGAUUUAAACAGGCACUGGGCAGAUCCCUCGCCUUGGGCUCAUCCCACUCUCCACGGUGUCAAGCAGCUCAUUGUUCAGAUGUACAACAAUCCGAAAGUUACCCUGGAAUUCUAUAUCGACAUCCAUGCUCACUCCACGAUGAUGAAUGGCUUUAUGUAUGGGAACAUUUUUGAAGACGAGGAAAGAUUUCAGAGACAGGCUAUUUUCCCCAAGCUACUCUGCCAGAAUGCUGAAGACUUCUCCUUUUCCAGCACCUCCUUCAACCGAGAUGCUGUUAAGGCAGGGACAGGCCGUCGGUUCCUUGGCGGGCUACUUGAUGACACCUCUUACUGCUACACCCUGGAAGUCUCCUUCUACAGUUACAUAGUUGGAGGGACUACUUCUACAGUCCCGUACACAGAAGAAACGUAUAUGAAACUAGGAAGGAAUGUGGCCAGAACCUUUUUGGAUUACUACAGGCUAAACAGCAUCACAGAGAGACCAUUGGCACCAAUCUCAAGUACAUGGAAGGACAAAGCAUCUUCCAAUAGAUGUUCCUACCAUCGGGCUCAAGGGAAUAACCAACCUUCCACUAAGACCGAGAAGAGAACUCAGGGAACUCUUAAGGAACCCACGCACUCAUCAUAAAGCACUAAAGCGAUAAACCCUUCAGAGAAGCUGGGACAACAAAACUGGAUUCAAAAUGGCUUCCCCCUUUCUCUUUCCAGCCAAUCAUUUUUGAAGGGGGGGGGGAGAUGCUACUUUACUUGCAAAUGCUACUGUUGAUUUUGUUAUUGGUUGAUUAAUCACUAGCCUUUUCUCUCAAAAGCAAACCAACAGAUUACUUCCUGCCAUGUUAAGAGCUUUUCAAAGCACUCAGCAAACCGAAGAAAGCUUUCCAUGAUGCUGGGUAAUUUCUACAUUUAUUGCAUAAGACAUAUAUCAUUUGCAAGUGUUAAAGGGGUUAAUUCACAUGGAUACAGGUCCUGGCAAUAUUCCCUAGGACACUGUGAUGUGUCAUCUUUAAUAUCUAAAGAGUGGAUGAUAUCCAAGUUUGUGUGGACAGGAGUAAAUGAAUCCCUCCCCUCCUUUCCUGUUCCCUUCAGUACCAGCACCAUGCCCCUUCGAUCUGCUCUGGAGCAUCCCUGAAACCUCCAGAAAAGAUUGAGGAAUCAGGUGCAGAAUUUUCAGGGGGAAUAGGGGAAAGAGAAAUCCUUGUGGGAAAAGGGAAACUCCUGUAAUACAUCCACUGAAUGCCAAUGUAUCUACUCCUGGCUCCUCUAGAAUAUAUGCAAAGUAAUGACUCGCAAAGACAGUUUGAUAAUCAAAAUGACCUCUUACCAGUAUGGAUUAAAAAGCAGACAGAGGGAGCCUUGUGCGUGAAACUACUGAUACUAUGUUUGAAUUUUGUAAGGUUUCAGUUGAAUAUUUUCAAAGUUGGUUGAUGUGUGUAUGUGUGUGUGUGUCCAUUCAACAUGUUGAUGGAAUCAAAAUACUUGCAAAGUUUGCUGCUGCUGCUUUCUGAAUGGAGUGUUGUUAUGUUAUGUUAUGUUAUGUUAUGUUACUUACUUUAUGCUUUGUUAUGCUAUGUCAUGUCAGUCUUCAAUUUGGUGCCCUCCAAAUGUUUUGGAUUAAAACAAUUGUACUGCCUCAAGCUGAUGGGAGUUGCAGGACAAAGCAUUUGGAAGGCACCAGGUUGAGGAAAUCUGUGCUAUGCUAUACACAAGACCAGGUGAAAUCUGGUCACUUGCUCUUGGAGCACUUAAUAAAGAGUUAAUUGCAA